AUGUUAAGUUUUGAUUACUAUGGCUUUGGUCAAUCCAAUGGCUGGAUAAAUAAAGUUAGUAAUUUAGAAGAUUAUCAAAGUAGAGUAUCUACUUUAUUAAAAAAACUACAAGAACAGAAACCAAAUAAUGGCAUCUAUACUUCUAAAACCAACACUGGUAAAAAUUACUCUUGCAUUAAUAGUGAGAUCGAUUGCAUUAAUCAAUUUGUUAAUAAUUUAUUUAGAUGUAAUGAUUGUAGUAUUCCACAUUUAGAUGGCACUAAUUAUUUUAAAGUAUUCCGACUCGUUAACAAUAUCUUUAGACCAUCAUUAGUUGCUGAAUUUUUUGAAUUAUAUAAGGAAUGUUAUUACAAAAAAAGAGUACUCACUAGCAGAGAAUUUGUAAGUGAUGAAACCAAUUCAGAAGUUAUUGAAUUAAGUAAAAAACUUUGGUGUCUUUUCAAGAAAAUUUUAAAACCCACUAUUUAUGAAAUUGAAAAUUGUGGCACUGAGACUGGAUACAAUGAAGAUCUAAGUGGACACACAAUGGAUCUUACUUCAGAUUAUUAUUGGGCUUUAUUCACUAACUUGUAUAAUACCAUCAGAAUCAGAAAUACUAAGAGUUAUAAAACACUGGGCACAGACGGUAGUAGCUCUGUUUCAGUUCAUCGACCUUCAAACAUUACAGUCUGCCCUUCCAAGAUUCAAAUUCCUUAUGAAAGCAUAUGUAAAAAAUUAGAAAAUCACAUAAGUGAUUUAAAAAGUCAAAUAAGUGAUUUAGAAAGUCAAAUAAGUGAUUUAAAAAGUCAAAUAAGAGGUUUAGAAGAGACAGGGCAAGAAAAGGAUCAGACAAUAACUAACUUAAACCAAAAAGUAAGUGAAUUAACACAAGAAAAAGAAGAGGCUGAAGCUAUUUUAAAUAGACUAACUGAAAUCCAUUAUGAGGAGUUAAAUAAGUUAAAGGAUAAAGUUGACAAGCAAAUUAACAAAUUAUGUCGUGAUAGAAAAGAUGAAAAGCAGAAGCAAGAGUCUGAGUACCAACGUAAAUUAAGUCUUAAAGAGGAAUGCUUUAACAAAGAAAUGGGACGAUUAACUGAAGAAAAUAACAAGUUUAAAAAUGACAAUUUAAGUCUUAGAAAAGAAUUAGAUGAUACAAAAGUAUUACUUUUUAUCAAAUUAUGUGGUAAAACACAAAUAAUUCUUCAAUCAAAAGCUAAAGAACAAGGAUUUGAAUAUAAGAUUGAGUUAAAACCAGAGAAAGAAAUAUUUAUAGUUCCAGUCUCUCAAUCAGAGAAAAGAAAGGAUAAAUUUAAAAUUAAAUUACCACGACUUACAAUUAAUAAAAUGGAUGAGGUUUUAGAAUACGAAGAGUUCUGUAUUAAUUUGAAGGAUGAAAAAAAAUUCUAUUAUAAUAAAAAAGGUUCCUGUAUUCUUGGUCAACAAUUGAAUCUACAGAUAGAAAUUGUGGAUGGUAAGAAAAAAGAAGAGCCAAUCUCCAAACAAACAAAACAAAAAGGAGGCAUACAAAAUAAUAUUGUUGAUGAGGAACAACAAGAAUUAAAUAAAGAGGUAGUUAAAGUGAGUGUUCCUAUUGACUAUUAUUUUGUCAAGGGUCCACAUAAAUUUGACUAUCAAGGAAUGGAAAUUAAACUUCCAAUAAGUCUUAAAACUCAAGAGGGUGAAAUUAUUUCACUCCUAACCCAAAAAGGACCAAUGAAAUUUCAGGUGAAUUCUGAGCCUACAAACUCUUAUAGAAGGGACGGUUUUGAUUUAAUUCAAACACUCUAUUUCCCAAAAAAGGAUGAGGGCCAAUCAGUUAUCCUUCCAGUACAUACUUAUGACGGUACUGUUGGUCCCAGUAUGUUUUUAGUUAAAGAUGGAUAUACGGUGCAAUAUUUUGGAAAAGGAUUCUUUUGUCCUCAUGGGGUUAGAGGAUCGUUAAAGGUAGUUGUAAAGCUAAUUGAAUAA